AUGUCAUGCAUAACCGCCGCGCUGGGCAUGAUGCCCCUAAAAGGCGCCUCAGCACCAGCCGUAUCCUCCGCAAGACUGCGCAUCGCCGAAGAAACAGGCUCCAACGCCGUGUCCGUCGCACUCGCGCACCGCACACCUCAGGAAAUCCUCUCUGAAGACUCGUUCCUCAACGCAAUCACGGUCUUGCAAGCAAUAGGCGGCUCCACAAAUGCCGUCGUUCACUUACUCGCAAUCGCGAACCGACACCCCAAAAUCCAAGGAAAGAUAACGCUCCAAACAUUCGACGACGUAGGCCGCAAAACGCCGUUACUGAUAGACCUCAAACCCAGUGGCGCGAAUUACAUGACUGAUUUCCAUAAUGCGGGUGGUAUGUUGGCAUUACUGCAUACCCUUCGCCCACUACUGAGGUUAAAUGCAAUGACAAUAUCCGGUAAGACCCUAGGCCAGGUUCUUGAUGAAUCACCCUUCAAAAGCUUUGCGUAUUCGCGGGAGGUCAUUAGACCAUUGGAUAACCCAUUGUAUCCGUCGUCGUCGCUUGUCGUGCUCAAAGGGAAUAUUGCGCCGAAUGGAGCAGUACUAAAAGCUUCUGCGUCGAAGGAUCGGUCUCUCUUGAAGCAUUCUGGGCCUGCAGUAGUGUUUGAGAAUACGGCUGAUAUGGCGAGGAGAAUUGAUGAUCCGGAACUACCUGUUACUAAGGACUCGGUGCUUGUACUCAAAAAUAUUGGUCCUGUGGGCAAUCCUGGUAUGCCGGAGGCCGGAUUAAUUCCUUUACCACGCAAAUUGGGUGCGCAGGGGGUAAGCGAUAUGUUACGUCUUUCAGAUGGGAGAAUGUCCGGUACUGCUGGGGGAACGAUCGUCUUGCAUAUAUCGCCUGAAUCGGCACUGCCAGAGUCGCCGUUUGGGAUUUUGAGGACGGGGGAUGUUAUUACCUGCGAUGUGGAGCAGAGGAUACUGCGUCUGGAGGUCUCCGAUGAGGAGAUUCAGAGAAGGGUUGAUGAGCGCAAGAUAGAGAUUGCGCAGAGUGUGGUCGAGAAGAAAUCGCAACGUGGGUAUAGAGGGUUGUAUAUUCGGUCGGUCAAUCAGGCGCAGGAUGGGGCCGAUUUUGAUUUUUUGACGGCGAGUGGUGCGGAUUGA